AAGAACACGAGAAACUGUCGCACUAAAGAAAAUUUUUGAUGCCUUCCGGAAUCAAACGGACGCACAACGAACAUUUCGUGAAAUAAUGUUUUUACAAGAAUUCGGCCGACAUCCAAACAUUAUUAAGCUGUACAACAUACUGAAAGCUGAUAAUGACAGGUUCUUGUUUAGCGUCUGUUGUUUUCUCAAUUUUCAGCACUACUAAAA